AUGGACUCUUCAAAGCCCACCACAUCACUGUUCGACGUAUUCUUGCGGCUGCGACCUUCUUCUGCCGUCGACAAGGAGCGAUUCCUGGAUGUUGAGCAGCCCGAAAGCACCACGACCGGGUCACAAGCACCAACUCAUAUCACGAUCCAUCCACCAGUGAACGACAAUCGGAAACGAGCAGUCGAGAAGUUCGCCUUCACAAGUGUGUUCGAAGAGCAUGUCGGGCAGCGCGAGAUCUUCGAAAGCACUGGCAUAGUACCGAUCGUAGAAGGCGUCCUGGGUGGACAAGGACGGGAAGGACGUGAUGGCUUAGUAGCGACACUUGGUGUGACUGGGAGUGGAAAGAGCCAUACCAUCCUCGGCUCCAAGUCCCAGCGAGGCAUCACCCAACUCACCCUCAAUGUCCUCUUCCAACACACGGCACCCUACCUCGUGGACGCCGAGACCCGACCUACGAUCUUCCAAUCUCUAUGCUCAUCCGACGUCUCCGAAGCCCAGAUCCUGUCUGCAGCCGCUUACCUCGACUCCAUUUAUUCUCCCGGUGAAGCAGGCAGACUGAGCAGAGCCACCACACCAGCAAUGGUACGCGAGUCCACACUCUACACACUUCCGGGCUCAUAUCCCACCACCAUCAACACCAACAUGAACGGAGACUCAACGUCCUCCGGCACUGCGCGCUCAACGCCAGCAGUGUACGAAAGACUCUACCCUUCGCUUGCGAAGAACCAGAGUCGUCUACCACAUUCUCCUUCCAAACCUAAUGUCAUAACGAGAAGUAUCGCGAAGCUUACAUCUUCUUUUCAGCAGGAUGUUUCGUUCAUGUCUAUGCAGGCGUCGAGGAGGUAUAUGCCAAGAAUUUCGGCUCUGUCACAAUUCCCUGCCGUUGACGACAUCGGGAUUGAGGUGGACAAUAGUGCUGAGUAUGCUAUCGUCAUCAGCAUGUACGAGGUGUAUAAUGACCGCAUCUUCGACUUACUUACUGCAUCUGCUACUGCGAAAGCACCACAGAAGAGACGCGCGCUCUUGUUCAAAAGCACGGAGCUCUCACCCGACCGCAAAGUCGUCGCAGGCCUUCGAAAGGUGAUCUGCGCAAACCUCGAGGAGGCUCUCCUGGUAUUGGAGACUGGUCUUACCGAGCGUCGCGUCGCAGGGACAGGCUCGAACACGGCCUCAAGUCGAAGCCACGGCUUCUUCUGCCUCGAUGUCAAGAAGCGUCGUCGCUCUUCAAGCCACGUGGCAGUGCCUGGUCCCUGGAGCAACAGCACUCUGACCAUCGUUGAUCUAGCUGGAUCUGAACGAGCACGUACAGCGAAGACAGCUGGUGCCACGUUGGCCGAAGCUGGCAAGAUCAAUGAGAGUCUGAUGUAUUUGGGGCAGUGCAUGCAAAUGCAAUCUGAUAAUGCUCGCAACUCGACCCUCCCUGGAGCUGUGGAGCGCAUGGUGCCUUUCCGGCAAUGCAAACUUACUGAGCUGUUGUUCAGUAACAGCCUCAGUACUCACCACGGAGCAAUCCAUAAGGCGCCGCAGAAGUCGAUCAUGAUUGUUACUGCGGAUCCGCUUGGCGACUUCAACGCCACGAGUCAGAUUCUGCGGUACUCCGCUCUGGCACGUGAAGUAACUGUUCCACGAAUCCCAUCUGUGACGGCCACGAUCUUGGCUGCGUCUGCAGCUGCGCAUAACAAGCCCGCCAAUGGCCGCAAUUCGCCUUCGGCACUACAAGAAGAUCUGGAUGCUGCCCUCGCCGAGAUCAGCCGCCUGAGGCAGGAGCUAGAGGUUACCCAGGUCCUGCUAGAGGAAGAGACUCAGCGCCGCAUCGAAGCGGAAUCAAGCUGGCAAGUAGCCGAGAGCAGGAUCGAGGACGUGGAGGCUGAGAUCCGCGAGGAGGUCUUUGCAGAAAUGGAGGAUAGGCUGGAGAUGGAGAAGCGGAGAUGGCGUGCCGCGCGACAUGUCGAGAUGGAUGCGCAGGAUGAGCAUCUUGAUCGGAAGCUGGAUCUCUUGUCUCAGCAGAUGGGUGCAGAGGUGUAUGAGGAUGGGAUGGUGGGAAAGGAGAAUCUUGGGACUGUGGCCGAGGAGAGAUUUGUCGAGCUCGAGGAUGAGAAUACAGUUUUGAAGGAGAAGCUGGCUAAUGCUGAGAGGGAGAAGGAGGUCAUGCGUAGUCCGAGCAAGAAGAUGAGAGUACUGAAGCCUAGUCGGAAGUGGCAGGGAAGUGCUGGUGUGAGUUUGGACGAUUUGUAG